CGUCUUUAACAUCAAUUUACCUGUUUUGAAAAACAUGGCCGGACUUUUCAACUAAUACGUACAGUAAAAGAAAUAUAAAUUGAAGGAUUUAUGCAAAGUAUGUAUAAUUUACUGCAAUACGCGGAAAUUUUAAACCAGUGUCACGCUAAAACAAUUUCAAAACUAGCCAAUAAUCAUAUUUUGGUAGCCAUAAUUUUAACAGCUCAUUAGCACUGUUAUUUCAUUUGUGGCAACGUGGCUAUGUAUAUGAAUACGCUUACAUCUUAUGAAGUCGUUACUGUGUAUAAUACUUUAACAGAACAUGUAUUAUGAUACAAAUUAUUAUCUGUACAGGGCACGUGCCAGGACGGUGUUGCCACGUACAAAUGUGUGUGCCAAGCCGGUUUCUAUGGUGAUCGAUGCCAGUUCGAUGUUAACGAGUGCCUUGCAAGCCCAUGUAUACACGCAGAGGUUUGCAUAAACCUGCCCGGUGACUACGUCUGUAGCUGCAGACAAGGAAUUACAGGGAAAAACUGCGAUACAGACAUUAACGAAUGCGAUCGUUUCCCACUGUGUCAAAAUGGUGGCGUUUGCCUUAAUGAGUUUGGGUCGUUCUUAUGUCUGUGUGACUACGGAUACACUGGCAUGUUUUGCGAGGACCUUGUAGAUUUAUGCGAGCCUAAUUACUGCGUAAACGGAGCUACGUGUGAGAACCGCUUUAAUGAUUUUUUAUGCCAUUGCCGCAAUGGAACGACGGGUAAAGUAUGUAGCCAAGAUAUCAACGAAUGCUUGGAAUAUCCGAAAAUAUGUGGAAACAAUGGUAAUUGCGUAAACUCGUUUGGUGAUUUUGCAUGCAAGUGCGAUUCUAUGUUCUCUGGAAGAUAUUGCGACACUAAAAUAAUCAAUGGAUGUGAAAAUAACCCGUGCGAAAAUGACGGAAGAUGCAAAGGCACAUAUGAGUCAUUCGAAUGUGUGUGCGGAGAUGGUUUUCAGGGUGCUACAUGCUCAAUGGACAUAAACGAGUGUUUAGAGACACCAUGCCAAAAUGGUGGAAUUUGUAUUAACAAAUUUGGCUCCUUUGAAUGCUUAUGUACAAACGGACUUAAAGGAGUUAAUUGCUCCAUAGAUAUAAAUGAAUGUUUGGAAAUGCCGUGUGCAAAUGGCGGACUCUGUGUGAACUCAUUUGGGUCAUAUAAAUGUGUGUGCGCGCAAGGGCUUAAGGGACAAAACUGUUCCAUGGAUAUAAACGAGUGUUUAGCAACGCCAUGUCAAAAUGGCGCAAUAUGUGUAAAUAGAGUAGGAACGUACGAGUGCAUAUGUAUCAAAGGAUACGAAGGAAAUAACUGCUCCAAUGAAAUCGAUGAAUGCUCUGAAUCGCCAUGUGCAAACGGUGCGGUAUGCAAUGAUAAAAUAGGAACAUACGAGUGCGACUGUACCGCAGGUUUUACAGGAACAAACUGCUCAGAGGAGAUUGAUGAAUGCGACAGCACACCAUGCUUCAACAAUGGCACGUGUAUUGAUAAAUUUGAUGGCUUUAGUUGCGUUUGUUACGGUGGUUUUUACGGAGAUCUGUGUGAUUUAGCUAUAAUUAGGGAAAGCGUGACUGAUGAUGUUGACAAUGACGUUUCAACAGAAAGUGCAAAUAACAUAGAUUUACUGACCGAUGAAAUCGAUUUAGAUCAAACAACUGUCUUUGGAAAGAAAACCACUAGCGGACUCAAUGAUAUAAGAGGAAAUGCAACACGUAUACACGAAAGACUUGUAGACGAAAAUGGUAUUGCUAGUUCAAAUGACGGGAUGGAAUCGGAAGCAUUUGAAGUAAGUAAUGAAUUUACAGCAUUUCUUAAUCGUUCAGGCGAAGAAAAAACAACUGAUUACGAGACCUUUAUUGUUGAAAAUACAACAGGCGUAUUUACAAAUGGAGACAUCGUUUUCGGUGGUAAAGAAGAUUUUGAAAAAUUCGUUACAAUUGUUGGCAAUCAGUGGGAGAAAGACAGAGGAUCCGGCGACAUUAAAUCAAGCGGUACCAAUCUCGUUGUCACAUCAGAAAGCUUUACACUUAAUGCAGAUUUUUCCAUGGGUUCGGGCCAAUUCUUAUUUAGUACUGAUAUCAAAUCCGACGAAUUUGGAUCGAUGAAUUUCAGCUCUGGCAAUGCUUCUGACAUUGUAGAUAUUGUUUCGAGUGGAGAUAUUGUUGAUGAUAUAACAAUGGGGUCAGAUAAAAUUGUUUCAAGCGGAGGUGUUAUUGAAAUUAUAUCUGGAGAUAUUAGUGCAAGCGGCGAUAUUACGGAACAAAUGGAAAUCGGAUCAGGCGAUAUAUUUUCUAGCACAGAAACAAAUAAACAAAUGAAAAGUGGAUCUGGUUAUAUUGUUUCCAUGGUUGAUAUUAUCGAUCGUAAUACAAGUUCAUUUGAUGGUAUUGUUUCCAGUGGAGAUAUUAUUGAACAUAAGGAAAACGGAUCUGGUGAUAUGGUUUCCAGUGAAUAUAUGAUUGAACAUAAGGAAAUUGGAUCUGGUGAUAUGGUUUCCAGUGGAGAUAUGGAGAUUGAAUCUGGUGAUAUUGUUUCCAGCGUGGGUAUUAUUGAACAUACGGAAAUUGGAUCUGGAGAUAAUGUUUCAAGCGGAGAUAUUAUUGAGCAUAAGGAACUCGAUUCUGGCGAUAUUGUUCCCAGUGGAGAUAUAAUUGAACAUAAGGAAAUCGGAUCUGGUGAUAUGGUUUCCAGUGAAGAUAUUAUUGAACAUCAAGAAAUUGGAUCUGGCGAUAUGGUUUCCAGUGAAAAUAUAAAUGAACAUCAGGAAAUUGGAUCUGGUGAUAUGGUUUCCAGUGGAGAUAUGGAGAUUGUAUCUGGUGAUAUUGUUUCAAGCGUGGGUAUUAUUGAACAUAAGGAAAUUGGAUCUGGUGAUAUUGUUUUAAGUGAAGAUAUUAUUGAACAUAAAGAAAUUGGAUCUGGCGAUAUUGUUUCUAGUGGAGAUGUUAUUGAACAUAAGGAAAUCGGAUCUGGUGAUAUUGUUUCCAGUGCAUCUAUUAUUGAACCUGAAGAAAUUGGAUCUGGCGAUAUGGUUUCCAGUGGAGAUAUUAUUGAACAUAAGAAAAUUGGUUCUGGUGAUAUGUUUUCCAGUGGGGAUAUUAUUGAAAAUAAGGAAAUUAGACAUGACGAUAAUGUUUCCAGUGGAGAUAUGGAUAUUGGAUCUGGUGAUAUUGUUUCCAGCGGGGCUAUUAUUGAACACAGGGAGAUAGGAUCUGGUGAUAUGGUUUCCAGUGGAGAUAUUAUUGAACAUAAGGAAAUUGGAUCUGUUGAUAUGGUUUCAAGUGGAGAUAUAAUGGAACAUAUGGUAAUCGGAUCUGGCGAUAUUGUUUCCAGUGGAGCUAUUAUUGAACAUAAGGAAAUUGGAUCUGGUGACAUGGUUUCCAGUGAAGAUAUUAAUGAACAUACGGACAUUGGAUCUGGUGAUAUGGUUUCCAGUGGAGAUAUGGGGAUCAAAUCUGGUGAUAUUGUUUCCAGCGGGGAUAUUAUUGAACAUAAGGAAAUUGGAUUAGGAGAUAUGGUUUCAAGUGGAUAUAUAAUGGAACAUAAGGAAAUUGGAUCUGGCAAGAUUGUUUCCAGUGGAGAUAAUAUUGAACAUAAGAAAAUUGGAUCUGGUGAUAUGGUUUCCAGUGGGGAUAUUAUUGAACAUAAGGAAAUUGGAUCUGACGAUAUUGUUUCCAGGGGAGAUAUGGAGAUUGGAUCUGGUGAUAUUGUUUCCAGUGGGGGUAUUAUUGAACAAAGGGAGAUAGGAUCUGGUGAUAUGGUUUUCAGUGGAGAUAUUAUUGAACAUAAGGAAAUGGGAUCUGUUGAUAUGGUUUUAAGUGUAGAUAUAAUGGAACAUAAGGGAAAAGGAUCUGGAGAUAUUGUUUCCAGUGGGGAUAUUAUUGAACAUAUGGAUAUUGGUUCUCGCGAUAUCGUCUCUAACGGAGAUAUUAUUGAACAUCGGGAAAUGGAAUCUGGUGAUAUGGUUUCUAUUGUAGAUAUUAUUGAACAUAAGGGAAUUGGAUCUGGUGAUAUUGUUUCCAGUGGCGAUAUAAUUGAACAUAUAGAAACUGGAUCUGGGGAUAUUGAUUCCAGCGGAGAUAUGUUUGAACAUAAGAAUUUUGGAUACGGUGAUAUUGUUUCCAAUGAAGAUAUAAUUGAACAUAAGGAACUUGAAUCCGGUGAUAUUGUUUUCAGGGAAGAUAUUUUAAAACAUAAGAAUAUUUCAUCCGCUGAUAUUGAUUCCAGUCGAUAUGUAUUUGAUGAUCGUGAAAUUAAAUCAGGUGAUAUUGUUUCGAAUAAAGAUAUAUUUAAUGAUAAAGACAUUGGAUCAGGCGAUAUUGUUUCAAGGGCAGAUACAACAGGCGUUAAAGAAAUUGGAUCGGGUGAAAAUAUUGAUGUGAGGUACACUGGAUCGGGUGAAGUUGUUUCCAACGAAAGUUUCAGUGAUAGCAAUAAUACUGAUAUGGAAUAUAGAAUCUAUAGUGGGGAUAUAAAAGAGAGUACAGCAAUUUCAUCAAUUAUAGUUUCAAGCGGAGACCGGGGAUAUGUCGAAGCAGGAGAUUCAAUCAGAGAAAAACAAUAUGUUGGACUUUUUGCAAGUGGUGUGACUUUGUCAAAGCAGGGAUCGACUUACGGAGACAUCAUUUCAAGUGGUGAUAUGGACUUUUCAAGCAAACAAGAAUAUGGUGAUAUUAUUGGUAAACAUGACCCUAUACCGAUAAGUAAAGAGGAACUUAUCCACCGCGAAAUAACUGCUGUAUCCGUUACAAAUGGCGAAAAUGAUACCAAAGGCGAUAUUAUACCCAGCAGUGAACAUAUUUUGACUACCGUUACAGUAUCUCGUUAUGAAGUAACAACUAGUGAUUUAAAGGUAACUUAUGACAAUGAUAAAAUAUCAAGCGGCGAAUUGGGAUUUGGCGAAUCGAUUUUCUCCGAUGACAUAAGUGGACGAACGGAAACCAGAGAUGCUAGCGUCUCUUACAUUAAUGACAUUUCAAACAGCACACAUAGGUAUGAUAAUAAAACAAUUUCUUUAGGUAACGAAUUCGGAUCUGGAGAUGCAAUAUUCAAAGCUGACUUAACAGAUAACGAAUCCACGACAAGAAGUGUAGAAUUCACGGCGAACACAAGCUACGAUACUAUUAACACAUAUGUCCCGGAUGAAAUGUCUUCAAGCGGUGAAGAUGAAACCACAAGGAUUGUAGGACAGAUGGUAACUGAAUCUUUAGCAGAUAGGUUUUCGACUGUUUUCACAACUAAUUCAUGGGAUGAACAAAUAAAUAUUUCGAAAGAUAAAUCUUCAACGGGUAAAACUUCAACACAGUAUUGGGAAAUAACUUCAGAAGAAAUUGAAGUUGAUAAAACUGGUGAAAAAGUUCAGUACAGUGAAUUUAAUCUUAUUGAUGACGAUGACGAGAUCGAAUAUAUAAAUGUUACUGCACCAGUACAAAAGACUUCUACACAAACAACUGUUGAAAUAAAUUCAAGUACACCAUACUUUCUAAAAGAUGGGCAGAACGUCACACACAGGUCUUCACAACAUACAUCUACCAGUAUUUCGAUGUCCGAAAAAUUGGCGGAGGAAUGGAUAAGCAAUCGAGAAACGCCAUCAAUUUUAUCUACUACACACAUCACUGACGGCACGUCAAGCUCACCGACAAUUGUCCAAUCAGUAAACACAAGCAUUGAAUUGAGUUUGCAAAAGGUUCCAACAACAAUUAGCACGUCAAUCAUGUCAAAAGAGAAGGAAAUUACUAGGUCAUCUUUAAAGAUGGAAACUGACUCCCCGUUAUAUACCAAGUUAGCUCAUGGUACAGAGCGUCGAACUGAUUCAGUUCCAACCACGGUCGGUUCCACUCACACCGUAUUUUAUGUUGAAAGUGAAUCGUCAACAGGCGCAUUUGAUCUGUAUACAGACGAACCAGACAUAACUGACGAUAAGGAAGAACAUGACGCAAGUAAUUUGAACUCUGCUUUGACAGCAAGGAAGCAUCUCGAGGGCAAGAAUGAACAGAUGUAUAAACCACGUGAUAAGAAAAAAGAAAUGCCACAUAAUCCCUGGAUGGCAGCAAGAAUGCAUUUAAGGAAAGCAAAACAAUAUAGUUCUAAAAUUACAUCAACUACAUAUAGAAUAACGCCUCUUGAAGAAAGUGAAAGUAUUCCCAAUAAGAACAGAACUUUUGAAAUGAGUACAGAACAUGUUCAUCACUCACGUCCAAUUGCCUCUGAUGUGUCUUCAACCCCUUCCAAUGAUGAAACACAUAAUGAGAUUGGUGUUUUACUUGUCAAUUCUUCUACACCUGCCUCAGAAAUGCAUCCACUUUCAAUGUAUGAAGGUUCGACCACAAUAUCUAAAGCGUUGGAAAGCGGAACCAGUUCCAUAAGCAAAGUAACUUAUCUUGAUAUAUUAAUAACAAAAGUUGAUGAUUUCAGUGAUAAGGAAAGUGAAGCCGGUACUUUGAUCGAUUUUACUACGCAAAGACAUGUAUUUGAUUUUGAAAGUGGACUCACGGAAACAACAACUCAAGUAACUAUGGCAAGUGCAGACGAUUUCGUCGAUAAUACAUCGACUACUUUAGAUUCUUUCAUAACUGCAGAUACGAAACAUACACAUGAAAGUACAGACGAUCGUCAUAUUCCAUUUACGGAGCAAACACCGUCAAUUAACGAAACCUUUACACACGUAGGUAUGCAUUCAGAUAUCAUUUCAUCGUCUCUAAAUCGUACCUCUGAAACAAGUGAAUCGGAUGUUUAUUUAGCAGAACCCAUAAGUCCUACUGACAUAAAAGGAUUGUCAUUUGCCAAGCAACACAAUUUCACUCAGUCGUUUACAAAGUUACAUCUGUUUGAAACAAAUAUUCCAACAUCCUCCGAGCGAUCAGAAGAGAAUUUAGCCCAAUCGAAUAUUUCCGUUAGUUUGCAUUUGACUACAUUACAAGCUGACCCACUUGGCCAAACACAGACAACAUUGCCAUUGCAAAUGGCCAAUAUUUCAUUUGAUUCGAAUGGGACAGUUUUUCUCGUUUCACAUCUAACCAUUGGAGCAAUUGACGAAAGUCUACACCAAACAAUAUCGUCAACGGAUAAGCACAACAUGACAUUAUUUCAAAUUACAUCAACAGCAGAAUCAAGUGUUCAAAACACAGAAGCUACUUUAAAAACUGACAUUACAGAAACGACAGUUAGUAGACAAGACACAAUAGGUCAAUUUCCGUCGAAUUCGCUCGAUGUUUCAAUAGUAAAGCCAUUCUCUACCAUACAACAAACAAAGAAGGAUACUAUUCAAUUCACAACUGAUGCUGUGUUUUCUCAAACCGAAUUACAAACCAAACCGACGAGUCAAGAAAACAUUUUAAUCGAUGCGAGCAACACUGAUGCUGUUGCAUUUAAAUCAAACACUUCGACUUUCUUAUACACAGAUUUGACAUCAACAAUGCAAGACCUUUAUGAUGUAACAACCGAUAGCGAGCAUAUAAAUAGGCUGGAGCAAACAACUCAACCAUAUACACACAAAACCAGCAAAUCAUUUUUUCACAGGACUACUAAAAAUCAGUCAGGUAGCAAAGGAAUUUCAUCUCUUACAACCCCGGGAACAAUAUCACCAGCAGAAAUAACCCACGAGACGGAAGAUAAUCAAGAACGUACAGAUACGAUGUCGAUUAAACAGACAAAAGAGUUUCCACAAACGACUAAAUCCGUAUCAGGUGACAAGGUAACCCAUAGUAGAACUGAUAGAAUCUCAAUGAACGAAACAGGUAUCACAUCUUCAAAAGGCAUGGAUAAAUCAUCAGAAUACACAGAAAAAACCAUAUCACCACAUUCACAUGUCGAUCAAAUAGUACAUGAUGUACAAACAUCCACAAAUUCGUCUGAUAUAUUACCUUUAAACACAGCCCAAACACCCCAAGUUGACGCAGCAUAUUUGACAAAUGAAAAUGUAUCCCCCUUAGCAGAAGCAGGGGUAACAGAGUAUAAUAUAAAUGAUACCAGUUCCAGCUCAUAUACCACUAGAUCACCUUCCUUUAUGUCUCAGUCUUCCAAAACAAAAAUUGAAAUUUACACCGAAGGCAAUAAUUUUACAGAAAGCUUAGACGGUUUAUUGAACCUAUCCGAUAAAACAUUGAAAGGCGAUGGACAUACAACACAUGUAAAAGCGAUUGUGUAUGGCGAGAUGACAACAGAACAACUGGCGCAAUUUACCAGUGAAGAAGACCCAGACAUAAUACAUUCUACGAAUGUAUCUUUUACUAGCAUCACUGUUGAUCCUGCUACUGUACGAGUUCUGGAUAAUAGUACCAGUACUGUCAUACCUCCGAAGGCUUCACACACUUAUUUCCAAACAUCAUCCAUACCAGGGCCAGUAGUGACAGAAGAGACUGCCACAAUACACAUUACAACGACAAAAUCGCCGUAUGUUAAUCAGACAACAGAAAACGUUAUACUGGAUGUAGAAACGCCAAUGUCUACUUUAAUUUCGACGCAACCAUUUUUGCAAACUUCUCAACGGAUUUCAAGUGGAGAAGAUGAUAUGUAUAGUGACAACGAAUUCACGAUCAACCCGAUAAAUCAAUAUUUUGAUAAUACCGAAUGGUUCAAUAUAAUAGACGUUUCACAUCAAACCAUUGAACCGAGAUUGGAACCAAAAUUUGACGUAUCAAUCGACAUUGGAGCUAUUGACGAAAGUCUACACCAAACAAUAUCGUCAACGGAUAAGCACAACAUGACAUUAUUUCAAAUGACAUCAACAGCAGAAUCAAGUGUUCAAAACACAGAAGCUACUUUAAAAACUGACAUUACAGAAACGACAGUUAGUAGACAAGACACAAUAGGUCAAUUUCCGUCGAAUUCGCUCGAUGUUUCAAUAGUAAAGCCAUUCUCUACCAUACAACAAACAAAGAAGGAUAAUAUUCAAUUCACAACUGAUGCUGUGUUUUCUCAAACCGAAUUACAAACCAAACCGACGAGCCAAGAAAACAUUUUAAUCGAUGCGAGCAUCACUGAUGCUGUUGCAGUUAAAUUAAAAACUUCGACUUUCUUAUACACAGAUUUGACAUCAACAAUGCAAGACCUUUAUGAUGUAACAACCGAUAGCGAGCAUAUAAAUAGGCUGGAGCAAACAAAUCAACCAUAUACACACAAAACCAGCAAAUCAUUUUUUCACAGGACUACUAAUAAUCAGUCAGGUAGACAAGGAAUUUCAUCUCUUACAACCCUGGGAACAAUAUCGCCAGCAGAAAUAACUCAUCAGACGGAAGAUAAUCAAGAACGUACAGAUACGAUGUCGAUUAAACAGACAAAAGAGUUUCCACAAACGACUAAAUUCGUAUCAGGUGACAAGGUAACCCAUAGUAGAACUGAUAGAAUCUCAAUGAACGAAACAGGUAUCACCUCUUCAAAAGGCAUGGAUAAAUCAUCAGAAUACACAGAACAAACCAUAUCACCACAUUCACAUGUCGGUCAUAUAGUACAUGAUGUACAAACAUCCACAAAUUCGUCUGAUAUAUUACCUUUAAACACAUCCCAAACACCCCAAGUUGACGCAGCAUAUUUGACAAAUGAAAAUGUAUCCUCCUUAGCAGAAGCAGGGGUAACAGAGUAUAAUGCAAAUGAUACCAGUCCCAACUCAUAUACCACUAGAUCACCUUCCUCUAGGUCUCAGUCUUCCAAAACAAAUAUUGAGAUUUACACUGAAGGCAAUAAUUUUACAGAAAGCUUAGACGGUUUAUUGAACCUAUCCGAUAAAACAUUGAAAAGCGAUGGACAAACAACACAUGUAAAAGUGAUUGUGUAUGGCGAGAUGACAACAGAACAACUGGCGCAAUUUACCAGUGAAGAAGACCCAGACAUAAUACAUUCUACGAAUGUAUCUUUUACUAGCAUCACUGUUGAUCCUGCUACUGUACGAGUUCUGGAUAAUAGUACCAGUACUGUCAUACCUCCGAAGGCUUCACACACUUAUUUCCAAACAUCAUCCAUACCAGGGCCAGUAGUGACAGAAGAGACUGCCACAAUACACAUUACAACGACAAAAUCGCCGUAUGUUAAACAGACAACAGAAAACGUUAUACUGGAUGUAGAAACGUCAAUGUCUACUUUAAUUUCGACGCAACAAUUUUUGCAAACUUCUCAACGGAUUUCAAGUGGAGGAGAUGAUACGUAUAUUGACAACGGAUUCACGAUCAACCCGAUAAAUCAAUAUUUUGAUAAUACUGAAUGGUUCAAUAUAAUAGACACUACACAAGAAAUGAAACGUUCAACACAGUCAGAAGAACAAACCACCGAAACUGUAACCAGAGUCAAGUCUGAAACUGUCACAGAAUCAUCAAUUCUACCAAUAAUUUCAUCUGUAGCACCAGAUGUGUCAGGGGCGGUGUUACAAACUACGGACGUAGUGGAUUUGAGUUCACCGAAAGCAUAUGUAACUAAACUGAACAUCAUAGCAAGUACGUCUUAUCAGAACGAACGUUUGGAGACAGACAUUACCUCAACGCAUGAUGGGUCUACUGAAGAAGCAAAAACUCAAGUUCCAUUGUUAAUACAUGUCCUUUUUAACCGUGUAACGCCUACCGAGCUUCCAACUAAAGUGACCACAACUACGUCAACUGAUUGGUCAGAGAUUCAGUCACAUUACGAUAGCCAACAUACAUCUGUAUCAACAACCCAUGUUGCUAAAGUCCGUUACGAAGUCGAUUUAACUUCUAACAAUACGUAUCCAUUCCCUCACAAGGAAACUUACGAAUACAGUCACAAUACUAGUUUGGCCAAUGGCCCUGCGAAGUUAACUCUGGCGAAAAUACGAGUAACCGUUUAUCGGUCGUACGAGUACAGCAAAAAGGUUGUGUUGCAAACAUAUCAACGGGUGAAGGAUAUAUCUACGUCAGUGACCGUUACUGCGUUCCAGAACUCCCGCGAACUCCUCCAAACUGCACUAAAGAGGGUCGAGGCAUUGUGGUCCUAUUGCAAGACUGGGGUUGACCAUUACAUUGUUAAGCCGCUCCUUAAUGCUCAGGUGUAUAUCAAGGAACGAUUUAACAAUGCGUACGCGCAACUGACACGAUUGUUUGAACGUGGAAAAACUAUUAUUGAACAAACGGUUGACAAUGUGAACGAAGAAACUAAUGCAUACUAUGAUUCUCUAGCUAAUUACUACACGGGUGUUUAUAGACAAUAUUCAACGGAAUUAUGGAAUAUAUUCGAGUCCUUGAAGAUCCCCGAGUAGGAUUGAUAUGAAUUUUCAAUAAUGUAUGUUCAUAACUAUAUUCGUAAAUAAUUUUUUGUUGGAUGUUAUAAAGGUUUAUUGUUCUACCUUUACCUGUACACCUUGGUACAAAAUAUAAGGAUACGUUACUAAAAUUAUGUUAUCGUACACAAAUCUCAUUGCUUUCAUUAUUGUAAAUGCUGUUUUUUGAAACUGCAGACACUCUGAAUGUGUUUGUAUUUUGCCUCAAUGUUUACAAAAUGCAUUAAGUUUGAGACACAUCCAUCCAUCCAUCCAUCCAUCCAUCCAUCCAUCCAUCCAUCCAUCCAUCCAUCCAUCCAUCCAUCCAUCCAUCCAUCCAUCCAUCCAUCCAUCCAUCCAUCCAUCCAUCCAUCCAUCCAUCCAUCCAUCCAUCCAUCCAUCCAUCCAUCCAUCCAUCCAUCCAUCCAUCCAUCCAUCCAUCCAUCUAUCUAUCAAUCUAUCUAUCUAUCUAUCUAUCUAUUUCAUAGUACUGCCUCACGCCUCUCGCGAGUAUUAUGGGCAGGGUGCGGGUUGGCUGUUAGUAAAGUUAAAGAGUGAAAGCUGAGAAAGAUAUCUUUCAGCAAAGUAAAAAUUUGUACAAUACUAAGGAUAGUGUUGUUAGGUUGUUAGGAGAUUUAAAAGUCAUAUAGUAUAAAAGGGAUAAAAAUGGAUAAAAACAAUGCCCAUGGAUUUAGUGGCUAAGUUGGGCUACUGCCUGUUUGAAGCUCUCAAGGUCAGGCAGCAUUGCGACGGGGUGGGGUAACCUGUUCCACAAUACUGUGGUGUGGGGGAAGAAAGAGUACUUAAAGUAAUCGUAACCUGUAUGGACUUGACGGAGACUGAGGGGAUGCAUGUGUCUGUUUAACCUGGUUAGGACUUCAAGAUAAGAUGGGAGGGAUAUGGCCACAAGAUGGUGGUAGACAUUGUAGAAAAGAACGAGUUUGGCAUCUAUGCGUCUGUUCUCAAGGGUACGCCAGUUGAGUGUAUUACGCAGUUGUGUGACACUGGUGUAAUGGGUGUAGUCAUUUUUUACCCAUCUGACUGCUCGCCGAUGAAUCAUUUCUAUAUUGUGAUUGUUGACCUGAGUGUGUGGUGACCGUACGCGGGAAGCAUAUUCAAGUUGGGGACGUACUAGUGUUUGAUAGAAUAGUGAUUUGACCUUUUCAUGUUUUGUCUUGAUGUUACGUUUGAGGAAACCUAAUGUUUUGUUUGCAUUUGUUGUGAUCCUGGAGAUAUGUGUGUUCCAACUUAAAUCAUGGUAAAUGUCGACACCAAGGUAUUUUGCGUCCUUAACUGGGGAUAGGAUUUGACCAUUGAGCUUGUAUUGGUACGCAAUGGGCUUUCGAUUCCGUGUGACAUGGAGAACCUGGCACUUGCCAGGGUUAAACGCCAUGUCCCAUAGCUCUUCCCAUUUCUCUAGUUUGCGGAGAUCGUCUUGUAACCUUUGACAGUCCGCCUCGGAUGUCACUGUAAGAUAGAUGGCAGUUUCAUCAGCAAAGAAGCGAACUUGGGAUGUAACAAGGGAAGGGAGGUCAUUUAUGUAUAGAAGGAAGAGGAGAGGGCCGAGGACAGAUCCCUGAGGCACUCCAGAUGUAACUGGGACUUGGUCAGACUUAGUACCAUCUACUACAACUGAUUGGGAUCUGCCAAUUAGGAAGGAAUGGAUCCAGGAUAUGGUCUGGUCAGAAGCACCAUGUAUCUUAAGUUUAUGCAGUAAUUUGAGGUGAUUGACUUUGUCGAAGGCUUUACUAAAAUCCAGGAUUAGGUCUGUCUGUUUACCUGAUGAAAGAGUUUUCGCUAAGUCAUCUACUAACUCCACAAGCUGAGUCUCACAGGACCGCCUUUCGAGAAACCCGUGUUGCAGCUCAUAGCGUAUGCUGUGUUUGGCAAAGUGUGUGGAUAGGCUAGAUGCGAUAAUGUGUUCUAGAAGUUUGCAUAGGACACAUGUAAGUGAUAUGGGCCUAUGGUUUGCUGGGUCGUAUAAUUGAAUGUUGACGCUUGUAAUUGAUCUAAUGUUUCACAUGCAUCCAAUUACUUGUGUCUUAAUUGAUCGUCUUGUCUUGUUUGCAAUAUGAUUUAAAUGAAUUAAAUUAUAAAUAAAUAGACUUCAUAAUGUGAAGAA